AUGGAGUCCACGAGGUACAAGGCCCUGCCGGUCCAGGAGUACCAGCAGAGGCAGCUUCUUGUGCUGCAGCAGCUGCAGCAGCAGCAGCUGCAGCAGCAGCUGCAGCAGCUGCAGCAGCAACAGCAGCAGCAAAUCUGCCUCCAGCCACCCAGCAGCGACUUCUGGCUCCCCAGCAGACACCGCGGGCUUUCAGGGACUUGCCCUUCAGAGGGCAGGAGCCACACGCGCAGCAGCUGGUGCAACAGCAGCAGCAGCAGCAGCAGCAGCCGCAGCAGCAACCGCAGCAGCUACAGCUGCAGCUACGGACAUGGCGGCAGCAGCAGCAGCAGCGGCAGCGGCAGCAGCCACUGCAGGCAGCAAAGACACACUGUUGCUGCUGCCUGCGCGCUGCAGCGGCCUCCCCUUGGUUACAGCAGGGGCUGCAGCCUUCAUGCUGCUGCAGCAGACGCUGCUGCAGCACACACAGCAGCAGCAGCAGCCGUUGCUGCUGCUGCUGCUGCUUCUGCUGCUCUUUCCCCAGCCAGGCCAGCACUGGGGGCCCCGCGUGCCCUGGGGGGGCCCCCGCAGCUAAGCAUUGCAGCCGGUGCUCAGCAGCAGCUGAAGCAGCAGCAGCAGCUGAAGCAGCAGCAGCAGCAGCUGCAGCAGCAGCAGCAUAACACGCAGGAGCGCCAGCAGCUGCAGCAGCUGCAACACCGGCAUCAGUUGCAGCAGCAGCAGCAGCAGAGCCAUUUACAGCUCUGGCAGAGACAGGUCCAGCUGCGACAGCAGCACAGACUGCAGGAGCAGCAGCAGCGCCUUGUGCAGCAGCAGCAGCAGCAGCAGCAGCAGCAGCAAAAGCAGCAAAAGCAGAGCUGCUGCAGCGUAAGAACGGCCUGCACAGCUUUGGGUGAUUCCUAUUCCUCCGCGGGGUCUUUGUGUGGUGCUGCUGCUGCAGCAGCAGCUGCGGACGCUCUAGCAGCAAGUGAAGCAGCAGCAGCAGCAGCUGCAGAAGCAGCAGCAGCAGCAGCAGCAGCAGCGCAAGAUGCAGAACGGGUGCUGACAGCUGCACCAGUAGCUCCCGUGGCAAUGCAUGCAGCAGCAGAUUGUGGGGCCCCAACAGCAGCAACAGCAGCGGCAGCAGCUGCUGCUGCUGCAGCUGCUGCAGCUGCUGCGGAUGGCUGUGAACCGUCAGCAGCAAAGUACAAAAGGAUAGACCCCUUAGAAGCUGCGGAAGAGAUUAGGGGGAGCAGCAGCAGCAGCAGCAGCAGCAGCAGCAGCAGCAGCAGCAGCAGCAGCAGAAUCCCCUCAAGGCAGCCAGAAGAGCUGCUGCUAAAGGAUGCUGCUUCGGAGAGUGCCAAAAUCGGCAGCAGCUCUUGCUGCUGCAGAUUGGGAGGCCCUGGCAGCAGCACAUGUGACGAGUCAGCUCUCUGGAGCAGCAGCAGCAGCAGCAGCAGCAGCAGCAGCAGCAGCAGCUUUGGCCGCUGCAAAGACAGCCCGCUGUGCAGCAGCGACGAGGAGACAAGAGGCGUCUCGAGGCUGCAGCAAAGCACAGCAGCAAGUGCUGCAUCUCUGCAGGAGCUGCAGCAAGACCAGCAGCAGCAGCAGCAGCGGCAGCAGCCCGAGCUGCUGCAGCAGAGGCAGCAGCCGCAGCAGCAGCACCAGCCGUGGCAGUCUGUCUGUCCUGACAAACUUCCACCGGAGGAACCGGGUGCGCUCCAGAAGCAGCAGCAGCAGCAGCAGCAGCAGCAGGAACGGGAGCAGCAGCAGCAGCAGCAGCAGCGCGUUCAGCAGCAGCGGCGCUCUUCGUUGGGUCCUCAGGCAGCAGCGGCUAGCGGCUUCUGGGGUAGCAGCAGCAGCAGCAGCAGCAGCUGCUGCAGGCGCAGCAACAGCAGCAGCAGCAGCUACAGAGGAUUAAGAGGCUGCUUAGACUUACAGGACGAGUUGGGGAGGUUUCGGGAAACAGCGCAGCAGCAGCGAGAGGCGCUGGAGCAGCAGGAGCUGCUGCUGCAGCAGCAGCAAACCACGCUGCAGCAGCAGCAGCGGCUUAUCCAGGUGCUGCAGGUUAGGCUGGCUUCCUUAGGUGCUGCUGCUGCAGCAGAUGCAACAUCUCAGCGCAGGUCGCCUGCAGCAGCAGCUCACAGAAGCAAGGCUGCUGCUGCAAAGCGCCACCGCCAGCAGCAGCAGCAGCUGCAGCAGCAGACAGAAGCUGGCAGCAGCAGCGGCAGCAGCAGCAGCGGCAGCAGCAUAAAAGACAGCCGCAACAGAGGAGAGGCAGGAAGUCCACUGCAGUUUUUUGAGAACGAGCUGCAGAUGCAGCAGCAGCACCUACAGCAGCAGCAGCAGCAGCGACAGCAGCAGCAGCAGCAGCACUGCGAGACGCAGUACUUUACUUUGGCCAGCGACACCAGCAGCAUGAGCAGCAGCAGCAGCAGACAGGGGUCAAAGGGCACUCCUGACUGCAGCAGCAGAGAGCUGUCUCCCCGCAGCAGCAGGAGCAGCCGCAGGAGCAGCAACAGCAGCA